CUGUCUCUGAAAGGAUGCUGUAGAGGAGCAGAUAACACGCUGCAAAGUAAGUACACAAUAAUUUCUGUUGGUUAACAACAUGAUAUAAAGGGAAAUCACAGGACAGGGAAGGAGAAGCAACGUUAAUACAACCAGUAUUAAGGUAUUUCUAAAAACUUAAGAGCAGAUAGUCAAGAUGACAGCCAUCGAGAGUAAAGAGGAGAUCAGUGACACUGACAGUGGGAUUAUCUUGCACUCUGGUCCAGACAGCCCCACGUCCCCGGUGAAGGACGUGACCACCCACACCAGAGCCCUGAAGCUGAAGCACCAGUCUCUGGAGGAGCAUCUGGAGCUCUGCCUGCUGGAGCUCAGAAAGCUCUGCAUCAGGGAGGCAGAGCUGACUGGUAAACUGCCUUCAGACUAUCCUCUGAUGCCCGAUGAGAAGCCACCCCAGGUCAGAAGGAGGAUUGGAGCUUCCUUCAAGCUGGAUGAAGGUCUGAUCCAUCUGGAUAAACAGGAUUCAAAGUUGCGAGCGCUGGAAACUGACUUGGCUCUUCAGCGGCAGAUUUAUGAGGCGGCUCGCAAACUCUCCCUGGAGGGGCACCUCAGUAAACCACAGAAGAAGAGUCGGCUGCAGCAGUGCAAGAGGGAGGAGAAGAAAGUGAAGGAUUUGCAGGAGGCCGUGUUCCAGCACAGGAUCAAAAGCGAGUGCAACUCACCGUGCAUCACCAUCUCACCCAGCCAAAACAAAGAUCUGUGCAUGUCUGAUGACAGCUCCCUGUCUGAUGUGGUGGCCCUGGAUGAUGAUGUGGACUCGCCCAGCCCUCCCUCUCCUCCAGUGCUGGGCACUUCCUACUCAGACCCCCUGCAGAUGUCAGCCAAGACCCUUCAGUCAUCCCAGCAAUCAUCAAGCCAGCUCAGUGUGGAGCAUGAGCGCUCUCCCAUCCAGAAUUCUCCCUGGAAAGAGUCCAGUCUGGACCAGCCUUACCAGAAGGCCACAAAGCCUCAGUCUGCUUGCAGCAGCAGGUCCAGUAGUCCAGCAGGAACCCAGGUGUCAGAGAGCUGCAGGAUUCCUCUCUCUCAGUUUAUCAAGAACUCAGCCCUGCGUCACAACCACUCAACCAGCGCCCCCUCCACCCCAGAGCUGCAUGUACGCCGACAGUACUCCCAGUCCUUCAGACUUCCCAAAAGUAAGCUAUCUGUGGACAUGGAGCGCCUCAGCUCAGAGAACAGUCGAGGGCGAGCCAGGCUGCCCCAGCGGCGCUGCGUGGCUGACUUCAUGGUGCGUUCUCCAGAGUACUCUCCCUUGCGCCCUUACCAGUCCAGCUCUGAGGACAGCAGCUCGGAGCACUCAUCUUCCUCCUAUAUUAGCUCUCCCGGCAGGGAAGGACCCACUGAGAUCCCAAAGCUAUGCCCUCCGCCUUAUGGAUUCCACUUUGGAGCACAAAAGAAAGGGCUCCCCAGCUUCUCCAGCUCACACAAAAACACCAACCAGUGUCAGUCCAGCCCCGGCCACGUCAGGGCCAUGGCAGAAGAUCGCCCUCUCUCCCCUCAAGACCUGAACAUGGCAGAGCACUUCCUGUCCUCCCCUCCUGUGGCUCGCAGCCCUCAGCAAAGACAGUGGCAGGAGGGAGCAUCGUGCCCGAGCAGAAUCCUAAAGCCCCCUCCGCCUUACACCAGGCUGGUGCGAACGCCCUCACUGAAGGAGUACCCGAACCACGCCAUCAGGCUAAUGCCCAGGGAGAUUGUGUCGGAGGAGUUGAAGUCCUGGCAUCAGAGGAAUCAGUUGCCGAAGUUACGGCCAAACUGCGUGGAUCAGCAGAGCUUGCUGAGUGUUAAGAGCCCCACUUCACCUCAUCUGCCUCCAUUUAAACAGGGUUCAGGUAAUGUGAUCCUCCAGAGAGCUGCAGACGGGACUCCAGUCCAGUGGUUCAUUGCAGAGGAUGCUGAAAUCGUGAGCCAGGUGUAGCUGAGACCUCUACUGCUCUGCAGUAUGUUCAGUAGGAUGUGUGUUAUUCCUUCUCUAUUUAUCUCUGUAUUUAUUAAGGCUUUGGACUCUCUGUGAGAUUGUAUGUUGACAUGAUGCAGAAAACGUGGACCUAUCGGUACCCUGAUGAGCACAUUUCUCUCUUGUCUUUUAAUUUAAAACUUAAUGUAAGGUGCUAUGCCAGUUUUAUUUAUUUUAAAUUGUUUUCUAAUAAAUGAGGUGAAUUGAACUUCAUACAAAAACAGAUUUAAAACAAACUUGCUGUGGUUUCAAGAAUUUCUUUGUGGCUGGCACACAUUUUGCACAUAAAAUUCACCUACAGUAGUUUUCAAAUAUGUUUCCCCAUUCCUAAUAUAACUUUUAAUGUUAUAUUUAUGUUAUUGAAAGUUCCCCCCUUGCAACAUAGAGACUUGUUACUAAAAUUUUGAUACACCUUUGAAAAUGCAUUGCUCUUUUUUAUACAUAUAGUUAAAAUUUAACAUCUGUCUGACGUGAAGUAAGCUGAAUCUUAACAUUUGCUAUUAACUCUUAAUAAUUAAUCACUGAUGCCUUUAAUGGUGGUUUGAUGAAUGUUUUCACUGCAGUAUGGAGUUUUGUUACUAACCAAAUGAUUGUAUCAGUUUUGAUAUUUUUUGUAUAUUUAUAAUAAAAAAUACAACUAAAAGGUAA